UUGAGCUUCACCGAUAUUGUCAAGAGCAAAAACCCAUCAAUCAAAGCACUCCUAUUCAUAUGGAACAAAGAAGCAGCAGCUUCUCAGCUAAUUUUGGGUCAGAGAGCUCACUUUUCAGCCCUCUCUAAAAUGCUCGGAAUUCCUUCGAAUAGAAAGUCUUUCAUUGAGUCUUCCAUCGAAUUAGCAAGAUGUUACUUUCAAGGUAUAGACUUGCUCUGGCCUUGGCUUAACACAGCCUUGGAUAUGAUCAAUAUGGAAAAGCUAUUGGACGAGUGGCGAGCUGCUGUGACUUCUGAGGCAAGAAACACUGGCCUAUCACGAUUAAAAUUGACAAUGUCAUCUGCCUUCGAAGAGAAUGUUACUGGUGCUCAUGCUGCUUUAUACGACCCUUUCAGCUAUCUUAACACCGACUAUGGUAUAAGGCAAUGGUUAAACUACUCGUUUCCUGCUAGCAAACUUGUUUUGGGUUUGCCUUACCACGGCUAUGCAUGGAUAGUUGCAAAAAACCUCAAGACCCUGCAUCUGGCAUUGCUGUGACAAACGAUGGAUCCAUGAGCUAUAAGUACAUCCAGGGGUACACUCGAAGCUAUCUCCCAUGAUGUAUAAUGCUACUUGUGUACUGUAUGAUAGGAUCGAGUUAGGUUGGUUUUGAUGAUGUGGAAGUUAUUAGAGCUAAGAUUGCAUAUGCCAAGGAGAAGAAGCUACUCGGUACCAAUGUGUUUCAUCAAGUCAGCAAUGACAAUCAAAAUUGGGCGCUUUCUUGUGCACGUAGGCAUUACUUAUCCCACACUAAAGUUCAAUUGUGACAGCAAGCUAUUUGAAGGCAUCAAAUUGUUUUACUUCCAACUUCAUUCAUGAUUGACAGCUCAGGAGGAAGGAAAUAGUCACGAAAAUAAACCCCGGUUAUUGUUUGUAAUUUGCUUCCAGUUUCAUCAAUCGUAAUUGUAAUUCUCAUCGCUUUCAUGGUGUGUUACUCGCAGAGAGAAUUAUUGAAACAGAAAGAAUUAUUGAAGACAAAAGGUUAUAUACUCAACUGUGAUGGUUAUUUUCUAAUAGCAAUUAAAUGAAGAGAGAUUCUCUUGUAGCGG